AUGUCGAUGAACGCAACGGACAAAUUGGUGAUAGUGAUGGUUGGGCUCCCCGCCAGAGGGAAGUCGUACAUCACAAAGAAGAUUUCAAACUACUUGAACUGGUUGAACAUUGAGAACAAAGUGUUCAACGUUGGGAAUAAGAGACGGGUUGUGUGUGAUGACAAGCACGAUGCGUCGUUCUUCGACCCACAUUGCGAGGCAAACGUGAAGAUUAGGGACUUGUUGGCGAUGAAAACACUCGAUGAGGUUUUGGAGUGGAUUAGCGGCGAGGGCCAAGUUGCCAUAUUUGAUGCGACGAAUUCCACGGUGGUGAGAAGACAAAUGGUUGUCAACCACAUCAACGAAAGAGCUUCGAGCCUUGGUAUUGAAAACUAUAACGUUUUGUUCUUGGAGAGCAUCUGCAACGAUGCGGAGCUCAUUGAACAGAACAUCCUGUUGAAAUUGAACGGUCCAGAUUACAGAGACAACAAAGACAAAAUGGCAUCGUUAAGAGACUUUAAACAACGGUUGUUGAACUACGAAUCAGUCUAUGAGACCGUUGCACAGGAUGAGAUCGUGCAUUCAAACGUUUCAUACUUGAAGAUCAUCAACGUUAUCACAAUCACAACUUUCAAUAUUCAAGGGUUCUUGCCGGUCAUCUUGAACAAUUUCUUGAAUAACUUCAAUCUCACGCAGAAGAAGAUUUGGCUAUCCUUAAGCCAUUUUGAAUAUCACGAGAUUGCCGAAUUGGUUGACUCGAAGAACUUGACAAUUUUCAGUUCUUCUCCUCAUGCACAGCGAAAAAUUCCAUUGAAUUGUACACUCGAUCAGGUUCACGAUUUGAUCUUGGAUAUUGAGGCUUCGGAAGGUGAUCUCUUGGUUCAAACCGCAGAUGAAUUGUUGAUCAAUGGUAUCCUAAAGUAUUUCUUGAUCUUGGAUGACUGUCAUCCAGAUUUGACCUCCCAGUUGGUUUGUAUCCACCCUCACCAUUACUCUGUUGGAUUACAGAAAUUUAACGUGCUGGAGAUACCUGAAAUGACACGUUCCAACUCUGCAAUGUCUUCAACUACUUCUUGUAUAUAUACACCAAAGGAUGUUGAUGAGUUGGACCUGACGGCAUUCAACUACAAGAAUCUAAACCUGUCCGAUUUGCAGGCCAAGCUGGCUCAGUUACCACAUCAUGAAUGA